CGGUGCUCAUUUAUUUUAAGUAGCAAUUGCAUGAUAAGAGCUUCACGGACUGCAAUUUUCCAAAAUCUAUUGACUUCGGUGGAUACAAGUAACCCAUCUUCUUCAAGCCAUCAAUGGAAAUACCACGUCUUUCUAAGUUUCAGAGGUGAGGACACUCGCAAGAGUUUUACAGACCAUCUACACACUGCUUUGAAACAGGAGGGCGUCAUCACCUUUAGAGAUAAGGAAAAUCUCGAGAGAGGAAAACCUAUUUCACUUGAGCUUUUAAAAGCAAUAGAAGAAUCAUUGUUUGCUAUUGUCAUUCUCUCAAGAAACUAUGCAUCCUCAACAUGGUGUUUUGAUGAACUUGUAAAGAUCAUGGAAUGCAGAAAAAAGAUAGGGCUAAUAGUUAUGCCCAUUUUUUAUGAUGUAGAUCCAUCUGAGGUACGCAAACUGAUGGGACGUUAUGCAGAAGCCUUCAUUGAACAUGAAAAAAAUUUCAAAAAGAAUAUAAAUAAAGUUCACACCUGGAAAGCUACUUUGACAGAAGUGGCCAAUCUCGCUUGAUUUUCU